AUGUCUAGCCGCCAGCCUCUGGUCGCUUUGGUUGUCGAGGAGAGGUCCGCCAUCACACCUGUUGGUGGUCGGCCGUCAGUCUGUGCGUCCUAUUCUCACCACCGAGCGAAGACUGUUAUCCUCAUCUGCUUCCUCAUUGGCUGUCUCCUGGCGGCAGGAGUGACGUGGAAAUAUCCUUUAUAUAUCCAAGGUGGUCUUCUGGCCAGCACCACUACCCAAGCAGCAUCCCAGAGUGGUGGUGAUGACUCCUUCACUAUCCUCAGCGUUAAAGUUGCGGUCUAUACUGCUCUGGCCAUUAUAUGCCUCACCACGUUAACGAUAGGAGGCCUGGCUUUUACCGCUAAAUGCUUGUCAACGCGUCAAAGUGGAGUAGGUCGAUUCAUCCGAAUAGCCUCUCCUGAGAUCCUCCUAUAUACCUGCGGUAUGGUGUGCCUAUAUUCUGCUGCUGCUAUCAACUUAGCCAUACCAAGGCUGUUCGGGGCUAUCAUCAACCUAGUAUCGGUGCCCUCUACCAUGAUCCCUGCUGCUGACAAGCGUGCUCGCCUCAACGAGGAGGCUAUGGAGCUGCUCAUCUGUCUGGUGUUAUCGAAUGUCUUCAGUGGAGGUAGAGCGGCUUACCUCAGUGUUGCCGGAGAGCGCAUUGUAGCCCGACUAAGGAAGGACCUCUUCUCCAACCUUCUGCGCCAAGAGGUUGCCAUGUAUGACGAGACGAAGUCAGGCGAGCUCACCAGUAGACUUUCCAACGACGUUACGACCCUACAAGAUGCCUUGACCGUGAACCUCUCUGUGGGUGUCCGCUCUCUCGCCGCCGUAAUUGGUGGUACCAUCAUCCUCUUCGUGAUAUCUACUCGACUAACUCUUAUGAUGCUGUCGGUGAUUCCGCUAGCGGCCAUCGCUACUAUGGUAUACGCCAAAUUUGUAGAGCAGCUGUCGAAAGACUACCAGAAGGAGCUGGCCUCGUCCACUGAAGUAGCGAGUGAAGCUCUGAGUAACAUUCGCGUUGUGAAGACGUUCCCUCGAGGGGAGGCUAAGGCCGAGACUCGGUACUCCCAUCAUAUAGAUAGGAGCUAUGCUAUCGGGGUUAAGAAGUCGUUUGGUCUAGGAGGCUUCGGCUGGGUGGUGGGUAUUAUGAUAUAUGUGUCGAUGACAGGCGUGGUGUGGUAUGGUGCUGGCCUGGUCCUCAGUGGAGACAUGCUCCCUGGUCAAACUACUACCAUAAGGCUGUUUGUAGCGGAUAUCGAAGUGCUCAAAGGUGUGACCUUCAGCGUGGAGCCAGGCCAGACAAUGGCUCUGGUUGGCCGCAGUGGAGUUGGCAAAUCGACAUGCAUCUCCCUUAUACUGCGUUUUUAUGACCCUACGGCUGGGAUGAUCGCGGUGGAUGGGAGGAGUUUGGCGACGCUUAAGGACGACUGUUUGAGGAGGAACAUCUCUCUCGUGGCGCAGGAACCCGUGCUCUUCUCAACGUCCAUCAUGGAUAACAUUAAAUACGGCACGGAUGGAGAUGUCACUCGCGAGGAGGUUGAAGCGGCCGCUAGGGCUGCAUACUGUCAUGAGUUCAUCACGUCCUUUCCGGAAGGCUAUGACACCCUCGUUGGGGAGAGAGGAGUGCAGCUGAGCGGAGGGCAGAAGCAACGAGUAGCUAUAGCACGGUCCAUGAUAGCAUCCCCGAGGAUACUACUACUGGACGAGGCGACAAGUGCUCUUGAUGCUGAGAAUGAGAGGAAGGUUCAGGAGGCCUUGGAUGAGCUGAGUUCCUCACGAACAACCAUAGUGGUCGCGCAUCGGCUGUCGACAGUGCAGAACGCUGAUGUGGUCGUCUACAUGGAGGACGGUCGCGUAGCGGAGAUGGGCUCCCAUCAGCAGUUAGUGUCGAGGAAGAACGGCAACAUUUGGGUGUCGCCACCACCAACGAGCGAGAUUUCUGAAGAAGUGUUCAAACUAGAGAGGGACGCCCAUAAGGCUUGUCCGGCGAUGACAGAAGCCACAUUCCAACCGCAUAUCACAAUUGUUGGCUCCUUCAUGGCGGCUAACGAUGAGAUGGCGAAGGCCAGGGCCAGGGAGCUCGCUAUGCAAGCCACAACGGGCCCGUUCAUGGUUGAGUUCGAUGCUGUACCUUCGGUGGUUGAGGCUGACAAAUGGAAUAUGGUUGUCGUGUUCUGGAUCGACGACAACCAUAGUCACUUAUUGGCUCUGCACAAGGCGUUUGGAGGCAGUGGGAAAGAGUACACACCCCACAUGUCUCUAUGCUACGGCUGCUCAUCUAAAGAGGAACGCGAAGACCUUGCCGAGGUGAUGGCGAAGUCUACAACACUGAGUGGUCGCUGCCGUUUUGAUGUUGACUCAGUAGAGCUGUGGAGAACAGAGGGCAUCCUCGGUGGUGUUGCUGGUUGGAAGAGAAUUGAUCGGAUUGCUUUGUGA